UCUAUAGCCUCUUCUCUAUGCCAUCGACAAAACAGGCUUCCAUUUUGCUGUUGAAGGCGUAAGAAUUAAACAAAAAUAACGAAACAAAUAUAACAAAUUGCAGUGAUAUUCUAUACGUGGUUUGAAAAUAGAUCAUAAAACGCAGUAACAGUUAAAUAUGGCAGCCAGUGAUUCCGGGACGGAUGAGUCACUUUACCCCAUUGCGGUUCUAAUUGACGAGCUUAAAAACGAGGAUGUGCAAUUGCGUUUGAAUUCUAUAAAGAAGCUGUCGACUAUCGCCCUCGCCCUUGGGGUAGAAAGAACUCGGUCUGAACUCAUCCCCUUUCUCACUGAAACAAUCUACGAUGAGGAUGAAGUUCUAUUGGCUUUAGCUGAACAGCUAGGCAACUUCAUCAGUCUGGUGGGUGGUGGAGAGUUUGCACACUGUCUCCUUCCGCCCCUUGAGUCCCUGGCAACAGUUGAAGAGACUGUGGUCCGUGACAAGGCAGUAGCAUCGCUCCGUGCAGUGGCCGCGCACCACUCACCACAGGCUCUCGAGCAGCAUUUUGUGCCGUUGGUUCAGCGAUUGGCUGGUGGGGAUUGGUUUACAUCGAGGGCUUCAGCAUGCGGUUUGUUCAGCGUGUGCUACGGGCGCGUGUCGGUGCCGGUGAAGGCGGAGCUGCGCGAGCACUUCCGCACGCUGUGCCAGGACGACACGCCGAUGGUGCGGCGCGCGGCCGCUUACAAGCUCGGCGAGUUCGCGCGCGUCGUCGAGGUGGAGUACGUCAAGAGCGACCUCAUACCGAUGUUCGUCAACCUCGCGCAGGACGAGCAGGACUCAGUGCGGCUGCUGGCGGCGGAGGCGUGCGCGGUGGUGGCCGGCCUGCUGCCGCCCGAGGACAUGGAGCAGCUGGUCAUGCCGACCGUGCGCGCGCGCGCCGGCGACACCUCCUGGCGCGUGCGCUACAUGGUCGCCGACAAGUUUGUAGAGCUGCAACAGGCGGUUGGUCCCGAACUAGCUCGUCUAGACUUAGCACAGAUCUUCCAGGCUUUACUAAAGGACACUGAGGCUGAAGUUAGGGCUGCUGCAGCUGGAAAGGUAAAAGAUUUCUGCAUGAACCUCGACAAAGCGCACCAAGAGCACAUCAUCAUGAACAUGAUAUUGCCCCAGAUCAAGGAUUUGGUCUGCGACCCAAACCAGCAUGUGAAGUCUGCUCUAGCCUCAGUUAUCAUGGGACUGAGCCCAAUUGUGGGACGCCAGAACACCAUCGAACACCUCCUGCCCCUAUUCCUCACCCAACUUAAAGACGAGUGCCCGGAAGUCAGACUGAACAUCAUUUCUAACCUUGAGUGUGUUAAUGAAGUUAUCGGAAUACAGCAAUUAGUGCAAUCGCUCCUACCAGCCAUAGUGGAACUCUCCGAAGACACAAAGUGGAGGGUUCGUCUCGCUAUCAUAGAACACAUGCCGCUGUUAGCUGGUCAGUUAGGUCAAGAGUUCUUCGAUGAGAGGCUCACGGGCAUUUGCCUGACGUGGCUGUUUGAUCAUGUCUAUGCUAUUCGGGAAGCUGCCACAUUGAAUUUGAAGAAACUAGUGGAGCAAUACGGCUCGGAGUGGGCGGACAACAACGUCAUACCGAAGGUGUUGGCCAUGUCUCGCGAACAGAACUAUCUGCACCGAAUGACCUACCUGUUCUGCAUCAACGUGCUCGCAGAAGUGUGCGACAAGGACAUAACGACCAGGGUUCUGCUGCCCUCAGUGCUGGCUAUGGCCGAUGACAAUGUUGCCAACGUGAGGUUCAACGUGGCGAAGACGUUGCAAAAAAUGGCGCCAUUCUUAGACCCGGCUGUCAUCCAGCCCCAAGUGAAACCGGUGUUGGAGAAAUUAAACGUGGAUCCUGAUGUGGACGUGAAAUAUUUCGCUUCGGAAGCCAUUGUGGGCAUCGCCGGCUAAUUAAGUGUUUACUAGUAUUUAUUCCAAUAAUCUGAUGAACGUGGUUAUUUCAUUCCAGUGUUGAGAUCCACAUAGAUGCGGCAUUUAUUGCACUCGUAACAUUGUAAUAAUAAUAAAUAAAUUUAAACGCC